ACCCUACUGUGCCAAUUUAGAGCUCAGCUGCUCCUCUACAGCAUUUGUCACACUAACAUCCCGGGUGGACACACAAACUCAUUUUGUCUCUGACUCCUCUAUUUCUCUCUCUGUAUCUCUUUCUGUUUGUCGUCCCCAAGCUGCCGGACCAGACUGAGGAGGACAAGCACAUCUAGUUUCAGUUGAUUUAAACAGGUGCAGUGUGAGUGAAGUAAACAUCCUCCAAAAUCAGCAGACCCUGUUUUCAGAACUGAAAAAUCUGACAUGAUGAGCAACACGAGGGGAGGUCCAAUGAAAAUGUACAAGAUGUUAACUAAGCUGAUGGUUCUGCUGGGAUUCUUUGCUUUGAGCUACGGUGCCAUCCAGAGGCCUGAUUAUGAUGACACAGGCAACCCAGAAUUCCUCAACCCAUCCUGGAUGGCCAGGAUCCCUGACGAUCAGCUACUAUCUGAGGUCACCAUGCCUGGGACCCACAACACCAUGGCCCGCUACGGUGGUGUGUAUGCUGAAUGCCAGACCUGGACCCUGGCUUCCCAGCUCCGAGCAGGUGUCCGCUUCUUGGAUAUCCGUGUGCGAAAUGUUAUGGGAAACCUCACCAUCCACCAUGAGGUUGCCUACCAGCAGGCUCACUUCGGCCAAGUGUUGCAGGGUGUCACUGACUUCCUGCAAGAGUAUCCCAGUGAGACAGUGCUGAUGCGCAUAAGGGAAGAGUUCAGUGAAACACAUGAUAUCUAUGGUGCUGUAGUAGACUACAUCCACCGUUACGCUCACUGGGACUUGCUGUGGCACAGCCGACUUGUGCCAACCAUGGGCGAGGUCCGAGGGAAACUUAUCAUCCUGCAAGACUUUUCUGGGCCAGAUCUGGGCAUGCGCUAUGGUUCUCUGGACAUAGCAGACAAGUGGAAGGUUCCCACACUUCUGCAUGUGGAGGAGAAAUGGCAGAGCGUCUAUGAACACUUGGAGGCUGCACCUGUAGGAAACAAGGCACAGAUCUUUCUCACCUACAGUAGUGGAGCUGGUUGGUUGGCGUACCCAAGAAUUGUGGCUAAGCGCGUCAAUGCUAAACUGUAUGACUACCUGAGGGCCAAGACUAGCCUGAACCAGCGCCUUGGAAUCAUAUGCAUAGACUUUCCUGCUGCUCCUAUUAUUCAAAUGAUCACUAACUUCCAGUUAAAAGAGAUGGUAAAGACAAGACAAGCCUUUAUCCCAAGUUUUAGCAAGGCAAGUUUGAAACACACAAUUUCUUUGCUGAGAAAGAAACUAACUAAACUUUUUAAUAUUAUCUGAGCUAACAUCAACUGAAUUUACUUGAUAUGAAGGAAGAGUAGGCUUGUCAGUGAUGAUAUGAAGAGUAGGCUUGUCAGUGAUAGUGCAAUCAAUGAGGCAUCUUGUUUGGACACCAAAUAUAGCAGUUGUUGUUCAGAUUUAGCUUUAUUGAAAUGUUCUUGAUUUAAAUUAUACCUCAGAUAAAACUUCUCAUUGUGUCAUUCACCAAAAUAAAAGUCAAUCAGA